UUUACAUUUACAAUCAGUUAUUGUCUUAUGUAUUUGUUGUGCAGACAUCACUCCUAAGAAAAUAAGACUUAUGAAGGAGUUGACCAGUAUGGUUGAAGGUACAGCAGCACCACCGCCACCCCCACCAUCACCACUGCCACAGACAUCACCGCCAAAGACAUCACCGCCGCCACAACAAACAGCACCGCCGUCCACAAGGACAUCACCGCCGCCACCACCACAGACGGUGCCGCCGCCACCAGCACCACGGACUGCUUCAGCAACCCCAGUGGUAGCUGCACAGCCACCACCAGUGUCUACCAGCCCAAGUUUUCCUGCCUUGUCCAAUACGCUUUCACCACUCUACACUGGAGGGAUUCCGGUGAUAACCGAGAGGGCCAAGAGGCUAGCAUUCAACAAGGGCAAGUGCAAGGAGAGUUUGCUGUACAGCCUAUUGGUCGGCGUCUUUGGAGAAGAACGGCUUGCCCGAGGAAAUGCCUGUGGGUCUCGGCAAGCUGUCAACCGCAAGGACACUGAAGAGUAA